AUGUAAUAAGAGAAUUAAAUAGAUGAAGAGAUUUAAGAUGAAGAAGAAGAAAUAAGAGAGUAAAAGGAAGUGCAUGAAUUUGCAAGAGAAAUAAAGGAGAAAGUAGAGGAAACUAAUAAAGUAAACAAAGAAUAAUAAGAUUAAUUAAAAGUGAAUAUGAAUUAAACAGUAGGUCCAAUAAGAGUAAAAUUUGAUGUGUUAAGAUGUUUUUUUGAUAGAAUGAGUAAAGUAAGAGGGAAAAAGAAAAGUGAGCUUUUAGAUGUUUUAGCACAAUUCUUUUUCAAACCUCCAAGAAUACCUGAACAUACAUAUAUAAUAAUGAGAAUGAUAAUUCCAUUUUAAGAUAGGGAUAGAGGAGUAUAUAAGUUAUAAGAGAAAAAUCUGGCAAAACUAUUUAGAUAAGCUUUAGGAUUAUCAGAUGAUGAUUAUCAUAGAAUGGCAAAUUAUAAAUAAGCAAGUAUGUAACCAUAUGGUGCUCCUGUUGGUGAUUUUCCUAUGGUUGUACAUAAUGUUAUAAAAGAUUAUUGUAGAAAAGAUAGCAUAAUAACAAUAUCAGAAGUUGAUUAAUUAUUAGAUAAUUUAGUAAAAGCAUAAGAUACAAAAGAAUAAGAAUUAGUCAUAGUAGAAUUAAUAAAAGUAUGUACUGCAGAUGAAAUCUUAUGGAUUAUAAGAAUAAUUUUAAAAGAUUUAAAGAUUGGUUUAAAAUAUGAGAAACUUUUAUAAUUAUUUCAUAAAGAUGCUCCAGAGUAUUAUAAUGCAACAUCAUCAUUGAAAGAAGUAUGUAAAGAAUUUGUUGAUUAAAAUCAUACACUUAAAAAUGUAUUAAGAAUAUUUCAUGCUAUUAAACCAAUGUUAGCAGCAAAGAAAUCUCCUGAAGAAAUUAGAAAAUUAAUUGAAGGUAAGGAAUUAUUAGUAGAAACUAAAUUUGAUGGAGAAAGAAUUCAAUGUCAUUUUACACCUGAAGUUAUUAGGUUUUUUACUAGAAAUUCUAACGAUUACACAUAUUUAUAUAAGGAUAAAUUAGGAGAAAUUAUUAGAUAAAGUGUUUAAGCUUAAUCUGCAAUAUUAGAUGGAGAAAUCAUUGUUGUUAAUAAAGAAACUGGUGAUAAUGUUAGAUUUGGCUUAAAUAAAACUGUUGCUCUUAGUAAAGAUGUUAAUGAUGAUGCUUUUGGUCUUUGUUAUAAGAUAUUUGAUAUUCUAUACUUAAAAACAUAUUAAGGAUAAGAAGUUAAUACAAUGAGUGCUCCAUUAUCUACUCGUAGAAGUUUAUUAUAACGUAUUAUUGUACCAAUACCUAAUUAAUUAGAAGUUGUUUAAGCAGCAACAAUUAGAUCUUUUGAAGAACUUAUAUAACAAUUUGAUAUGGCUAUUGAACGUAAUUAAGAAGGUAUUAUUAUUAAAUAAAUGGAUUCUCAAUAUUUACCUAAUGAAAGAUCUACAAAAUGGGUUAAAAUGAAAGGGGAUUAUGUUGAAAAUAUGACUGAUAAUUGUGAUUUAUUAGUUAUUGGUGGUUAUUUUGGAACAUAAUCACAUAGAGUAGAAACUUUUGAUGAAUUUGAUAGAAUUACUCAUUUUCUUAUGGGAUUAGCUUAAAAAAUAGAUAAAAAUUAACCAACAAAUAGUGUAAUAUUACCAUUUGUAAAAGUUGGAACAGGAUUCACUGAUAAUGAAUUAUCUACUAUAAGAAAUAAAUUAAGAAAUCAUUGGAUUAAAAAAUAAAAACCUAAUUAUAUUCCUUAAAAUUGGAAUCCUGGAAUUAAUGAUAGACCUGAUGUUUAUAUGGGUAAUCCAGCUCAUUCAAUUAUAUUUGAAGUUAAAGCUGCAGAAAUCACUAAAUCUAAUACAUUUCCUACUGAUUAUACACUUAGAUUUCCAAGAUGUUAUAAAACUAGAAUGGAUAAAGAUUGGUAUGAAAUGAUGACCAUGUAAGAUUUAUUAAGUAUGAUAAAUGAUUCUUAAUAUACUAAAAAUCUCAAAAAAAAAAAUGAUAAAGAAGGAAAUGAUAAAUAAACAGAUGAUGAAAUUGAAAAUGAAGAUAGACCUAUUAGAGAAGCUAAAUAAAGAAAAUAACCUUUAAAAAAAGGUGGAGCUCAUUCUAAAUAGAUUACUAUAAUGUCAGAAUAUCAAGGAUUAGAUCCAAGAAAUGUUACAAAAGAAUCUAACUUAUUUAUUGGAUGUGAAUUUUAUAUAGUGAAUUUAGAAGAAGAUUAUAAUAAAUAAUAUUUAGAAUCUCUAAUUCUAGCUUAAGGAGGAACUUGUAUAUAAAAUUACAUAGUAGAAAGUCUUACUCAUGUUAUAGCUUCUAUUAUAGAUUUUAGAGUCAAUUCUAUUAUUGAAAAGUAUCCAACUACAAUUAUUCGACCUUAAUGGGUGAUUGAAUGCGUAAGGAGAUCAUAAUUAGUUAAUAUUGCACCUAGAUUUAUAUUGUAUGCUCCUUUAGUUAUUAUGAAUGAAUUUAAUAAAUUUUAUGAUAAGUUUGGAGAUUCAUAUUAUGAAAUAAUUGAUGAAUUGGCACUUAAAGAUAUUUGCGAUAAUAUUAAAAUAAAUGAACCAGUUAAUUAAGAAGAUUUGUUAAUGUUAGAGGAAGAAUUGUUAUUCUAAUUACCAAAAUUAUGGAUAUUUCAGCAUAAGACUUUCUAUCCUUAUUGUUUAAGUCAUCAAAUUUCUGAGAUGGAAUUAGAAACAUUCAAAUCUAGAGUGAUUGCAAGAGGAGGAACUUUUGUAAAUAAUAUUUAUGAUGAGAAAUUGGAUUUAAUUAUUUUAUUUAAGGAAUAGACCUUCAUUUAGAACGAAAGGCUCAAAUAAUUUUUUAAUGAUAAACCCUAUAUUAGAACAACUACAUAUAGUCAUAUGAUGCAAUUAAUUGAAGAGUAACAGUAAAAAAUAUUGCCAUCAUGA